GAGACAUGCUCAACAUCUUAUGAUGUCAUGGUUAUCCCAUGUCGGACAGAAAAGAUCAGAAGAAAGUGUUUUCACCAUAAUAGUAAAAAAACGUCUCUAAAGCUUCACCUACCUCUUGGCACUCGGGUUACAACGUUUAUCCUUCCUAUCUUGUAUUCAGAUUGUGAUUUCUAACCGAACAAAAUGAAUAUUCUGUUGGUUUUGGGAUUUCUAUCGUGCCUGGCUAUUUAUGAAACUUCAGCAAAAUGUUGUGGACAUGGCAAAUUGGGAUAUUGCAACGACUGUAGUAAGGUUGGUGCUAUCAAUCAUCGAAAAUGUUGUGGCACCGGGAGUGGACAUGGGCAUGGCUGCAAUGUAUUCUGCUGUGCAUGCUCCUGCAGAAAAGGCCAUGCUACCUUUGUCAAACUUUCCGGAUGGUGGUUGAGUGCCAAGUACCGAUGCACAACCAAAACCGCUGAAGGCGACGAAGACAAGAUUCAUAUUGAAGAGAUGAAAGAUACUUGGGAGACUUUUAACAGCAUCGAUGAUGAUGGGGACAUGGUCAUUAACCCUGGCGAGUUUUUGAAAGCCAUCAAGAAUCGUCUGUCGCACAACGAAGCCCAUCUCUUGGCCUCCGAUCUUCUGAAAUCCAAUGAUAAAGGUGAAAUUCUGUCUUUUAUCGAUGCGAUCAACGACGAAGAAUUGAUGGAAGAUGCUGAUAAAGAUGUCGAAAACAAUCUCGGCUCGAUUAUUGCUCGAGAGUUCAAUAUGAUGGAUGACAACGGAGAUGGCUUGAUUCAGGCUGCUGAAUUCGACCACGAUUUGGAAUAAAUAAAUUAUGGAUAUGUAGAAGGACUAAUGAAGACAAUCAGUACCUGUAAAACUGUAAAAUUUUAUUGAAUAUCAAGUUUUUAAAUAGAGAUGUUUAAACUCGUAAAUUUUAAUAUCGUUUCAAUUCACAGAUCUGCUUGCCCCAUGAUAAACUGUUAUCUAUCGUAUAUAUUAGACUUACCGCAGUUCUUCAUAUUUACUUUUUUUAAAACAUUAUGCUUUUCAUUAUGUAUUGAAUACGGAAUAAUGUACUUUCCGAUAAAAUAUACAUGGUGGCCUGAAAUGAACCUAACUCAUACAUUACUUUUACAAAAAUGAAAAAAAUAUAUAUAUUGACCCUUGACCCGUUUGUGUAUGAUUAUACCCAUCGUUUCAGUAAUCUAGGACUCUUUGAACAAAAGUUAUGUUUUUCUAAAAUAUGUUCCAAAUAACCUGGAUUUUGAUUCUGGGGCCCUGUGAAUGAGUUACAACAAAUGGUAUCUAUGCUUGUCCGUAUUUAUUAGAUGCUAAUUUUCAUUUAAUUUACCCAAAAAGGGAAUUUUAUUAUUCAAGAAUAACCUUCUGUUCAAGUAUUUUAUGCUUUGAAUUUAAUUUCUAUUUUAAUGAUCUAUUUUAAUGAUGAUUAAUUAAUGAUAAAAAUAUGAAUUCGCAUAACCCAUAA